AUGGUCGUGGCCGCAGAGACCCGAAGAAAGCCGAGGAAGCGACACGGUAAUCGAACACUCACUUCCGGCGUAGUUAACGUCUUUUCUCAUUUGUACUUUUGUAACGGCUUCGUUUGACUAUGAAAGGAUAUUUAAGAAACAGGAAUAAAUAAACGAAUAAACAACGUUUCGUUAAAUCAAAUGUUUAUCGAUAACUAUGCAUACUAUAGCAUACUGGACUCUUAUUUAAAAGGCCAAUUGACAAUAACGACACUUAAGUUAGCUUCUUGGCGUCCUUAGCGUCACUCCUUUAAUCGUCUCUUGACCAAAUUGCACCUGGUGCUAAUCCAGAACUUUGAUAUUUAGACUUCUCUGGUCUGGAAUAAAUUAUUGUAGACUGUCUAGUUUACAUACUUUAGCAAACACAUUUGUUAACUCUCUAUCUAGGCAGGUAUCCUGAGCAACUCCACAUCUGAAAAGUCAAUUUUGGCGCCACCUGUGGACAAAGAAGUCUUUACUUACCUUGUCUGCUACUAGUGAUGGGCACGGCAGUUCGGCAGUUCUUAGGUCACCAAAAAGAUUCGUUCAAAUGAUUCGUUCACCAAAUCACUGAAUCAUUCAGAGCUGGCAAUGUUAGUUAGUUAGUUAGUUAAUGUUUAGUUAAUGAUUGCACUGAAAUGAGGAAUAUUAAAUAUAUAAACUGUGUCUCAUCUGACUCAGAUUUUUAGUAACACCUGCGGCAGAAGGUACCCAAAGAACUUCUGGGGGGACGUGUAUCCAAAUUUGAGAAAUGGCAGUAUACCAAUGUUUCUGCUAGAUAAAUUUUGAUGUUGUUGCAAGUACAACAAUACAUUCAAAAUCUUGAAUACUUUGAAGAAAACACUUGCAAUGAGGGAUUCCCAAGAAAGAUGAGAUGCUGGUUUAGGUUUUAGAGGUCAGAUAUUUGCUUGCAUACCCGAAAAUAUAGAUGGAAGUGCUUGCAAACUAUAAGCAGACGAUGUAAAACACUAAAAUGACACAGUUACACAAAUGACACAACAUGCCAAUACAAACAUGUUUUGACCGAUGAGCAAAUCAAACACAAUAAAAUAUUUGAAAACAUCAGUAAAGAUGAGUAAAGAUGAGAAACUAUUAAUGUUGGACAAUUGAUCGAACUUUUCUUUUGUGUUCAAGUGAGAAACCCUGGUCUCCUUUCCUGCUGACUCCACAUGAACACACAUGAACACACACACACACACACACACACACACACACACACACACACACACACACACACACACACACACACACACACACACAAACAAAAGGGAACAGUCCGUGGACCUGCUCUCAUCUCAGUUUUGUCAGGAGAAGCCUAUGUAUCAGGACUCCUCUGUCUUCACAGAUCAUCUCCUUUUUUUGUAUUUAACUUUAUUUUUAGAUUUUGAUUUUAACUGAACAAGAUGCCAGAGACCUCUCUAGUAUCCGGCUACUUUCACCUAACAGACUAUGUGGUGUUUGCGCUCAUGCUUGCAGCAUCAGCUGCCGUUGGGAUCUACUAUGCCUGGGCCGGCAGAGGCCAAAGAAGCUCCAGGGACUUCCUAACAGGGGGCCGAAGACUGACUGCCCUGCCUGUCUCCCUGUCUCUGACUGCCAGCUUCAUAUCGGCUAUCACAUUGUUGUCCAACCCAGCUGAGGUAAGGUUUGGACUCUCCUGAAAACCUCUUUUUUAGUCUGCAGGGUGUCUAUUUAAGGCAGUAAAACCACCAAGAAUGAGUUUUCAUGAUAUUUCACAUGAAUUAGAGGCCUGAUGGUAAAGACAGUUAGACAAUAAAUACUUUUUGAGUCAGUCCAUUUCACAGUUUUAUUAUGUGAAUUGAUCAACACAUGAUUGCAAAGUAUAGAAAACUGUUCAAUUUUUAAAAAGAAAAAAAAAAAUUAACACGGCUUAAAUUCAUAUGAUCUUUUUGUAGGUUUACUGCUACGGAGCCAACAUUGGAUUUUUUGCCGUGUCCCAUGUAAUGAUGGUGUUUGUCACAUCUGAAGUUUUUCUCCCAGUCUUUUACAGGCUGGCCAUCACCAGCACAUAUGAGGUAGGUGCGCUUUAGCUUUUUUAACUGGAGUAUAUGUCGGCGAUCUUAUUCGUUUUAAUUAUUUACAAAGCCAUUAGACGUAUCAAAUUUUUGGUUUAGCUGUGCAGUACAAGACGAGCAAAUAUCUUACUGCGGGCCAUGCUUUGCAAGUGCAACCCAGGGUCAACUGGUAUACUAUAGGCAAUAAUAUUAUCUUUCCAGUUGUGUAUGCAUCCAUGCUAUGGCUCUUCAUGCAUCUCCACAUUAUAAAGGAUGCUUGCUUUUGAGCUGAGUGCUGACACCAAGCUAGGUGGACUGAAGAUCACGUCCACAACAAUGUUGUUUUUGACCUUGUUGAAAGUUCUCCUCGCUGAUUCAAUCCAAGGUCCGGCUGUGUCCACAUGCUGAAGUGUGCUUGGGCAAGACUCUUGACCCCACUCGCCCAUGCUGGUUACACCCAGUAGUGUGUAUGUGUGAUUAGACAAAACUGAUGAGUCUAUACACAGCUGUAUGUGUGUGUGUGAGAGACUACAGGAAGCAUUAUAGUCCAAAUAUCAUUUUUUAUGUUGCCUUUGCACCAUAGCAACGUGGUCCAGAAGUAGUCUGAUUAUGACUACCUCUAUUUUUUUGUCAUGACUCUGAAGUAUCUGGAGCUGCGUUUCAACAAAGCAACCCGUCUGCUGGGAACAGUACUCUUCAUUGUCCAGACAGUGAGUAAGACAUCAGUCAACACAUAAUGACCCAGCUUUCAUUUCUGAGGGUAAAACAUGUAAGCAGAUAUCAGAGGUUUUUUCUUUUCCAUAUCUGGGUAUUUUUUUCUGUGUCUGUCACAGAUCCUCUACACUGGAAUUGUUAUUUAUGCCCCUGCUCUUGCUCUGAAUCAAGGUAUGUUGUCCUCAGUUGGCAGCGGUCAUGGCUCACACACUCCUCCUUGAAGACACUCAAAGCUGCUCAGUUUUGCUCUGCUGAGUUUGACCUAAGUUUACUUCCUCUCUGCAGUCACCGGUGUGGAUCUGUGGGGUGCAGUUAUCUCGACAGGCGUGGUCUGCACCUUUUACUGCACAGUGGUAUGUAAAAAAUCAUGCUUGAAUGACUUUUCCCUAAAGGAUUAAAUUUGAUAAGUAAAGUUUGGAUGUACAGAAGACAAUGGUUUUUCUUCAUCUCUAUUGUGACAGGGCGGUCUGAAGGCAGUGGUGUGGACAGAUGUGAUUCAGGUAGACUUCUGGAGAAACUUGACAAGAGGCUGACGUCCACUAAAUGUUCCCAUAAGACUGCCAAACCAAACACUUUAAAUUUUUCAUCCUGAAAGAGAAAGAGGGAAGGAUUGGAAAGUAAUCAAAAUUCUCCUUUCAGAUUGGCGUCAUGCUUGCAGGCUUUUUGUCCGUCAUCAUCAAGGCGGUUAAAUUACAAGGAGGACUCCACGUCAUCGUCUCGGAUUCAGAGCGAGGAGGGAGACUCAACUUCUGGGAGUGAGUUUGGGAGGAGAUCACACACACAAACACACACAUGGGUGCCAUAGCAGCAAAUCAGAGUCUUUGGGAGGAGAAUUGCCUGACGCCCAAAUCGCCCUCCACUCUUGUUUCUUCAGCUUUGACCCAGAUCCUCUGAGGCGACACACAUUUUGGACCAUCACCAUCGGAGGAGCAUUUGUCUGGGUCAGCAUCUAUGGGACUAACCAGGCCCAGGUUCAGAGAUACAUCUCCUGCAAGACCGUCACACAUGCCAGACUGUGAGUCAUGUUCCUCGAGUGUCCACUUCAGGAGGGCUCUGAAAGAAACCUCCAUGUAAAAUAUCACAUUUUAAAGCAGAAUUGAUCAUCUCGGCUUGUUUAUCUCAUUUCUUUAUUUAAUACUGCUUCACUAUAGAGGUGAAUAUUUUAAAAAUCUUUCAUUUGCAGUCAGCACUACUAAUACUGGGACUACUUUAGGCUUUAUAACACCUCCUCAGGAACCAAAAGAUGACAUACUGUUUUCUGCAACUCACCUCAGGCAGCUGCCUAUUAAGUAUUUAUCAUAUGACUGAGAGAGGGCGCUCUAGAGCCUUAAGUUUGAGUAAAUACAUAAAUCUCACACCAGAGCGAGUGGAAUAAUGUGCAUUAUUAACUCUAUUUUUAUGUUAUGUUGCACCAUAAAACUCUUGUAUGUGUGUGUGUUUUUUUACCCUUUUUCAAGAGCUCUGUACAUAAACCUGGUGGGGCUGCUGUCCAUCAUGCUGUGCUCGGUGUUGGCAGGAAUGUGCCUCUUCUCAGUCUAUAAGAACUGUGACCCGUGGACAGCUGGAGUGGUUUCUGCUCCUGAUCAGGUAUGAUGGAGAGACACAGAGACACAUAAAGACAUCAAUCAAUCAAUCAGUAUCUAGAUUUUCUGAUCUAUAGUUACACCAUGCAACCUUACCUUUGCAGCUGAUGCCAUUUUUGGUGAUGGACACAUUAGGAGACAAUCCUGGCCUUCCUGGACUGUUUGUUGCAGCUGUAUACAGUGGAUCUUUAAGGUAAAUACACCAAAGAUUAAUAAUCAAACUAAAACAUCUAGUAUUUAAAUGGUCGAUUGUACACUCUUUACCUUCUUUUUAAUGUGAGAUUGCUGUGUUUACAUUUCCACACCAGCACGGUGUCGUCCAGCAUUAAUGCACUCACCGCAGUGACAGUAGAAGACCUGAUCAAACCCUACACUAAAAUGUCUGAGAAACAGGGCUUCUGGACCUCUAAAGGACUGAGUGAGUGGGUAAUCCUCACAUGCAGCGUCGUAGUGAAAGAAUAUCUGUCUUUCAAACAAUAUGAGGCCAGAAAAUGAUACUUCCCGAUGCUGUUUGCAGGUCUUACAUAUGGGAUUAUAUGCAUUGGAAUGGCUGGGCUGGCAUCAGUCAUGGGAGGGAUCUUACAGGUGAGGCUGAUUUGGUCGUUCAUUCAUGAACUGUGAGCAGUAAUACGUUUUAUAGGAUGAUGGUUAAGAACUCAAGUGAAACACACUUUUCAGGCAGCCAUCAGUGUACUUGGGGUCAUCGGAGGUCCUUUGCUCGGCUUGUUCACGAUAGGUAUCUUCUGCCCAUUUGCCAACUCCAAAGUAAGUCUUUUCUUUUUUGAAAUCUUUAAUCUUUGUGUCAUUUUUGUUACUCUAGGAUUGCAGGUUAAUAUAAUAAAUAAUCCAGCACUAACAAUAAUUUUUGGACUAUCUGAUCUGAAGCAUUAUUUAGCAGCAGGUCUUUGAAUUAGACAUGAUAGCACAUCCAUAUACUUCUUAAGGACACACAUGGUCUUCAAAUGUCUUCCAGGGAGCGUUGUCUGGUCUUGUGUCAGGGCUGGUUAUGUCUCUGUGGGUAUGUAUUGGGGCUCUGGUAUACCCUCCCCAUCCUGAGAAGAGACGCCCUCUGCCUCUGUCCACCGAGGGUUGUAAUUUCACCACGACAGGCCGUCUCAACUGGACCUCCACCGCUCUUCCGACAACGCCCAGCCUCAUCAUGGCAGCGACACCACAGAGCAGCGCUGACAGGUGUGAUCUUUUAGCGUAUUGAUAAAAAAAAGGUAGUGCAAGAAAAUUGUGAAUUAUUUUCUAUGUUACAUCCUGAUACAAUGCAUGACCAAUGCCUCCACAUGCUGUGAAUGACGUGCAAAGAGCUGAACAAUAAGCAGUCGUCAAUGCAGUGCAGUUACAAGACAGUAGGAUAUAAUGAUAUUAUGGGACUCUGUGUUUAUUUGCAUUUGAUCCGGCAAAGUGAGAUCCAAUUAUGAGUGAUCACCAGAAAUCCACAUUCAUACCUAAAGCUUGCCACCAAAAACCACAAGUUGGUCAAGGUAUGAACAGGGUCUUUGUCCAGGGGAUGGCUCAGAGGACCUAUCAGCUGGCCUGGUUCAUCUGUUGUCUUUCCCUUUAGGUCCCUACUGGUGGAUAGCUGGUACUCCGUGUCGUACCUUUACUUCAGUCUUAUUGGAACAGUGACAUCCAUCAUGGUGGGGCUGUUAGUGAGCCUGCUGACAGGUAAACAAUAUCUAUUUUCUAUCUAUUUUUUUCCUGCUAUUGAAACCAUUGUUGUUAAUUUGUGUUUAUGUGAAUGUCUAUUCUAGGAGGACUGAAUCUGGAGUUUGAAUCAAGCCUUAUGUUGAGAAAAGAAGACACAACCGUAUAUCAUUUGGUCAAGCUUUUCAAAUAUAAGGUUAGUUCAGUAGAUAAGCAACAAAAUCAAACAUAAUCAUCUUAAAAAAAGGUUCUGACUCGGCUUUGUGUGCUUUAUUUUUAAGGUAACAAGAAGAGCAGGAAAGCUGGACUUGACAACAAAUGAGGAAAGGAUAUCUGGGAAUAAUAAUCCUACUUUCUGUGACGUUGAGCUGGACACACAUAAAAGCAGCAUUACCACAUAA